GGCGGAAGUGAUCUUUGCGCCUGCGCAUAUCCCCACACGUGCGCGGAAACACAGGCGAACUUAGCGCAUAUUUAACGUUUUGAGGUCGCAGUGGUCUCAGGUUUAACAUCGUCUGCGUGAACAGAAGCUCUGGAGCACCGCUGCACGUGUGUGUGUGAGAGAUGAGCGACACGCGCGGCUCCAGCGGAGACUCCGAGCCCUUGUCAAAGCGUCUCUGCACCGCGAGCGCGUCUCACGAGCGCUCUGGACCGACAGAUGGCGUCAGCGUCGCGGUGUCGGUGAUCAUGCCGGUGUUCAAUGCGUCUGAUUGGCUGGACGAGUGUCUGCAGGCCGUACUGGAGCAGGAUUUCACCGACCGAAUGGAGCUGUCGGUGUACGACGACGGCAGUACGGAUAACUCUCGAGAGCUGCUGGAGAGAUGGAGGCAGAGGUUCGAGGACAGAGGUCGACCCAUGCUGAUCUCAGGCCACAGCUCUUCCAGCCCACGCGGAGUUGGAUUUGCAAAAAACCAGGCGGUGCGUCAGAGCUCCGGACGGUUCCUCUGCUUUCAGGACGCGGAUGACAUCAUGAGGCCUCAGCGAGUUCGACUGCAGUAUGAAGCUGCUUCAGCCAAUCCGACCGCAAUCGUGGGGUGUAAAGUGUGUCGAGUUCCCGAAGGCUCCACUGAACGUUACACGAGGUGGAUCAACUCUCUGAGUCCAGAGCAGCUCCUCACACAGGUGUACACGUCUCACGGGCCGACGGUCAUCAUGCCCACCUGGUUCUGUUCCCGUGACUGGUUUGAGAAAGUGGGUCUGUUUGACGAGGGAGGGAAGGGCGUUCCUGAGGACCUGCUCUUCUUCUACCAGAGUCUGCGUCGAGGAGGUCACGUGAUCCGAGUGGACGAGUGUUUGCUGGUGUAUCGCUAUCAUGAACACGCAGCCACUCACUCAGUGCUGGAAGAGACCAUCUGGAGUCUCCGUGUCCACUUCCUGCAGGAGCGAGUGCUCAGCCAAUGGAAAUCCUUCACCGUGUGGAAUGCUGGGAAACAGGGACGCAGACUCUAUCGCAGCUUGAGUUCCACCAAUCAGAAGAAGGUGAAAGCGUUCUGUGACGUAGACGAGAACAAAAUUCAGAAGGGUUUCUACACGUACGAGGAGUCGAAGGAACGACCCAAACCCAGGAUUCCUGUGCUGCACUUCACAAACGCAUCGCCGCCGUUCAUCGUGUGUGUGAAGCUGGACAUGACCGAGGGAGUCCUGGAGGAGAACCUGCGCUCACUGAAGCUGAAGGAGGGACUUCAUUAUUAUCACUUCAGCUGAAGACUGAAGC